UCCGUAUCAUAAAAGAAGAUAAUUCCUGUACUGGUGACAGGUCUACCUCCUACUACAUCUAAUAAAAUUUUCAAUUUACAAAUUCUGAAACUAAGUCAAUUUGAGCCUUUGUUCCCGAAACAAUUGGUGAUUCAUUUUUAGCAAAAUGAAAAUUUGGAUACUGUUGUUCGGAUUUUUCGUAAGCCAUGGAGCUUCUAUCCCAAUUGGAACAUCGACAAUUGGAAUGUUUGGUGAUAAGUAUCAGGGUGACAUCAAAUUGAACGAAGCUCAGAAAAUCAUUUUUGGGAACAAUCAUUCAAUAAGUCAAAGUGAAAUAAGAACUGGUUGGACAUGGGAAGGAUUUCGGUGGCCAACUAAUGCUAAUGGUUUAGUGAUAGUUCCAUACACAAUCAGCUAUACACAAGGGUUUUCACAACGAGAAAUUGAAACGAUAGAAAAAGAGCUAACGAUCAUUGAGCACGCAACCUGCAUUCGUUUCGUCCAUCGAACAACAGAAGACGAUUACGUUGACAUUAUUGAUGGUAAUGGUUGUUGGUCGUGGUUAGGAAGAGUGGGAGGGCGACAGGAACUGUCUUUGGAUAGAGCCGGGUGUGUAGAACAAGGUAUUCCAAUUCAUGAAAUGAUACAUGCUCUAGGCUACGACCAUAUGCACAAUCAUAUUGAUCGAGACGAUUACGUGACAAUUCAUUGGGAAAAUAUUUUGUCGGAUUUCUACGCAAACUUUGACAAAGUUGAUCCGCAAUGGUUCGACAACUUUGGCACACCGUACGAUCUAAUGUCAGUGAUGCACUAUCCAAAAUGGGCGUUUUCCUAUAACGGCGAAGAUGUGAUCGUGCCACAUAAUGCAUACUACACCGAGAAAAUUGGUUCGCCGUAUUUGAGCGAAAAUGAUGCCUUACGAUUAAAUCGAAUGUACAAUUGUCAUAAGAACUAACUGAUGGAAAUAGAAAUUGCUUUGAAUUCAGG